AACAUAACCAUGAAGAUCACCUCUGCCAUCGCCAUGCCGGUGCUUCUCGCAGCCCUCGCCGCAGCAGCCCCAUUGAAGACCCGGGAAGCAGAGCCUCCAUCCGUCGACGCCUCGAACGGGAGCGGACUCUGGUGGAAGCGCAACGCCGAGGCCCCAUCCGUCGACGCUUCAAACGGGAGCGGGCUCUGGUGGAAGCGUAAUGCAGAGGCAAAGGCAAAAGCCGAGCCGCCAAGCGUCGACGCCUCGAACGGAAGUGGUCUCUGGUGGAAGCGUGAGGUUGGGUCUGUGUACCUAGGUCUUGAACCCGCGCAAGGUAUGAAUAUGGAGAUCUUCGAUGCUUCAAUGAGAUGGCCGGGAAGAUUGGCUACGGGAAACAAGCAGAGUUGGGUUGCCUUGAGCAUCGAGAUUGAAUAA